AGGUGUCAAGGGAGAUAGGGGAGAACAAGGACCUGCAGGAGAACCAGGAGGCCAAGGAAGGCAGGGUGCACAGGGAGACACAGGCAAACCAGGAAGUUCUGGUCGUGAUGGAAGAUCCGGUAUGCAAGGUCCACAAGGAAGGCCUGGCAUCCCAGGAGCAGUGGGCCGACAGGGCAAAGUCGGUUCUCGUGGGAAGUCUGGUCGAGAGGGUUCUCCGGGUGCACCUGGGGAGAUGGGUGAACCAGGCUUAGGAGGGGUUCCCGGGCCUAAAGGGAAUAAUGGACCCCAGGGGCGUCCAGGAUCUAGAGGUACCAACGGAGAGCCUGGUCCAGAGGGAGAGGAAGGACGAGUCGGAGAUCCAGGGAACCCCGGCCUCCCAGGUGAGGAGGGAGAACCUGGGCCCAAGGGUAACAUGGGCUCAAUGGGCCUGAUGGGGCCUCAAGGGACACAAGGCUCUCCAGGAAUAGAUGGUAUUCCUGGGCAGCCAGGGCAUGAUGGUGAGCCUGGGGACAGGGGUAAAUCUGGAUUUCCUGGCUUAAGAGGAGCAACUGGAUCAAAAGGUGAUCAGGGUAGGAAAGGACAGAUGGGAAGACCUGGGCCCCAUGGCAUCGCGGGGAAACGAGGCAGUCAAGGAGCUCCGGGGCCGGUUGGAACAGCUGGGGAGCUUGGGGGAAUGGGUAAAAGAGGAGCUGUCGGAUACCCAGGUGCAGCCGGAAGAAACGGAAACAAGGGCGAUUCUGGUAUUCCAGGGAUGCCCGGAACUCCAGGAGUUAAGGGAGAAGUGGGAGAACCUGGAGAUCUUGGGCAGCCAGGACCAAGGGGAAUACAGGGAGCUCGUGGACCGAGGGGAAAAGCAGGACGCGAUGGAGAAUCAGGAAAGCCGGGAAUGCCUGGCGAUGACGGUCGUCCGGGAAGACCUGGAAGAGAAGGCUCUCGUGGAAUGAUGGGAAUGCGAGGCUUUAACGGUGCAAGAGGAGAGCGGGGUGUGGAUGGACGCCCUGGUGCCAAUGGACGCACAGGACCUCGAGGAGUAAAGGGUGACCGUGGUCGCAAGGGGGCCACAGGAAGACCUGGGAGAUCUGGAAGGCGUGGUCGUCGAGGUAGGAUGGGAGGGCCUGGAUUUCGAGGAAGUCUUGGAUUAAAGGGUCUAUCGGGACCUCAAGGAGCCCCAGGCUAUCCCGGUCGCGUAGGGCGUAAGGGAAUCCGCGGAACCAACGGCAAAGAUGGAAAGGCCGGAGAUAUGGGACCCCGUGGAUCUCCUGGACCAAUAGGACUAUCUGGUUCUCCGGGUAUGCCGGGACGCAUCGGUGAAUAUGGAUUUAAUGGCUUGUCAGGGGCUCCUGGUCCUAAAGGAAAGAAGGGGGCCAAAGGAAUGCGCGGCUCGGAUGGUAGACCAGGAUGGCCAGGUAUGCGCGGACGAACCGGAAGGAAAGGGCCGAAAGGAAAGCCAGGUGAAAAUGGCUAUCCGGGACUUCCCGGAAACAACGGACGAGAUGGUCAGCCGGGCAUGGACGGAAGACCAGGAACCCCAGGAUACCCAGGACCCCGCGGCGCCAAGGGGAAGGAUGGCGUAAACGGUGCACCUGGAAAGCCUGGGAAGGAAGGAGAAAUGGGUCUUACCGGGCGAAGAGGUUCUUCUGGUCUGCCUGGAACUCGAGGAGCGACGGUAAAUGCUGAGUUGUAUUUCAACUUUGAUUUUGACCUGAUUCCGCGAAGAAUAUCGAAGAAGUUCUUAACUGACACGGCGUGUUUUAUUGGAACAAAUCUAUUAGUUAAGGCUUCAACAUUCCUUGUCACCUUUUCAAAACUUGAACUUACUUUGUCUUUCAAUGGCUCCAAGGGACCAUCUGGACCUGCCGGACCAGAUGGAAACAAAGGAUCCCCUGGAAUGAAGGGAAGAAAAGGACCCGUGGGUGUGCGAGGAUCGAAGGGCGAAAGCGGUGGUCUGGGAUCGCAAGGUCCCGAGGGUGAUCCUGGAGAACUGGGAAAGCCUGGCGGUGUGGGGCUUCGAGGAGCGCCUGGCAUGCCGGGAAAGCCAGGAUUACGAGGAGCAACAGGUCGAGAAGGUGAAACAGGCCUUGAAGGUAAUCCUGGAAUUCCUGGAACGAAAGGAGCUCGAGGAAGAUAUGGAAAAUCAGGGAAACCUGGUCUACCCGGUCCUCCGGGAAUGAGUGGUCAAGAUGGCAUAUCCGGCCCCCCCGGACAAGACGGCUCAGUUGGUUUUCCUGGACCCACUGGGCCGAUGGGUCCCAAAGGACAUGUCGGACUCAAUGGCUUCAAUGGUUUUGCAGGAAGAGGUGGAGCACGAGGAGAAGACGGUGAAUCGGGCGAUCAAGGUCCAAAGGGAGCUGGUGGUAUACCUGGAGAACCUGGUUUAGCAGGAUAUCCUGGCAAAACUGGAGAUCAAGGAGCAGACGGCCGCCCAGGGAGAGAUGGUCUACCUGGUUUAGACGGAACUCCCGGAGAAAAUGGCGCCUCAGGAGAACGGGGAGAUGUCGGGAACAAUGGGACUGAUGGAGCUAUAGGACCUCCCGGUGAAAUGGGAAGAAUGGGGGAAGCUGGGGAUAAAGGCAUUCCAGGGUUCUCAGGUGAACCGGGUGAUUUGGGUUCCGACGGAGAUGAAGGGGUAUUCGGACACAAAGGACAACCUGGUCCUAUGGGAAUACAAGGUGAUGAAGGAGAGACUGGGCGAGCAGGUCGGCAAGGUGAUCCAGGAUUAUUAGGACUUCCGGGAAUCCCUGGUCCACCUGGAGAAGAGGGGAGGACAGGGGAGCCUGGUAGCCAAGGAUCAACCGGCCCUACCGGACCCAAGGGCGUGAUGGGGCCUCAAGGACCACCAGGCCCUCCCGGUUAUGGCGGUAUGGAGGGGCGACUUGGGCCUGAGGGUGAAUAUGGUGAGCCGGGACCAAGAGGACCUCCCGGGUAUGACGGAGUACCGGGUGACCCAGGCCCUCCUGGUCCGCCAGGCGAGAAGGGGCCUCCAGGGCAAUAUAUCUACCCGCAGCCGCCUGGUAUUUCCACCGGAGUGAACAAGAAGGGUCCAUUCUCCAAUCGUCGGCUCUACUCGAGUAACCAGGGGAGAGACAAAGAAACCAACACCGUUGAGGAUCAACUGCAGUUAGACAUGUCACAAGCAAUAGAUUACUACCUGACUGCUCUUAGCUAUGUCGUCGAGAAUUUCAGAACACAAAACGGCACCAGGCGAUACCCUGCACGUUCAUGUCGAGAGCUUCAUCUUGAUUAUCCCGAGUAUCUAAGUGGAAGAUACUGGAUUGAUCCAAACGAGGGUUGUAUUGAUGAUGCGGUUCAGGUUUAUUGCGACUUUGAGGAGCAAGUCAACUGCAUAGAGCCUAAAAACCAUAAGAUCACGAUUCCGACCCUCUCUGCCAAUCAGUGGAUAAGCGAAGUCAACCUUCAAACAGAAACGUUUGAAUACAAGGCAACGACUGGCCAAAUUAAUUUUCUAAGACUCUUGAGCAAAGGAGUGUAUCAGAACAUAACGUAUUCGUGCUUCAGAGAAAAUGAUAACGACUGCACCAUUGAACUUCAAGGAGAAAAUGAAAUGGAAUUCAGAUCAUCAGAGCGAACUAAGCCCAGCUUUGUUUCCACAGAUUCCAAGGAGAACGAGCUCUCGGGUCGUCAAGCAGUUAUGGAAAUCAAUACAAAACGCACAGGUGCUUUACCAAUAGUGGACUUUGCCCGAACUUACGUCAGUGAAUCAACAGGGCCUUUCCGUCUUGAGAUUGGACCCGUGUGUUUUAUGUAUUAAAGUUAUGGAUCUGGACUCCCUCUAGUAUUUUACUUCUCUUAAGUCAAAGACAUAACAGCUGGGCUAUCACCCUAGUAGCUUUUUAAAAACAUUUCCUUAUUCGAUGUCAUCAUCUUAGUAUAGUACGUUGUAAUCUAAAGACUGAAUUUUUAACGGAAAUCUUUGUGUUGUACUAAUCAUACGCUUUAUUAUUUAAAUUAUAGUGAAGUAAAAAAUCCUCUUGUAGUCCUUUACCUUUCAUCUGAACCUUCCCUUAUUCUCUCAUUUCAAAGGAGUGGUAUGUCUCUUAAACUUUAUUAUUUUUAUUUCCGCCAUUAAGACGUUUCCCUUAAAUUAUGGCACGCUGCCUUUUAAAGUAACUAAGAGCAACUGUGCUUAAAUUCCAUGUUUACUUUUAAUGGUGGAUAUAAAAGUAUUUUGGUUUA